CCCACCAUCCUCAGUCCAUCACAACUAUUCGCCAUCCUUCAUCAACUAGCAUUGCCAAUUCCGCUCCUUCAAAUACUUUCACCCACAUCUCAUAAAUCCCCUAGACAGCAGCUCAUUGUUUCUCCCACCCCACCGCAAUCGUGUGUCACCUUCGGCAGCCCUGGGUUUCCCCUUUUCUACAAGCAAACGCUUGCCCCCCCUCAAGUUUCGGCUAUCUCUACCAUUUGGGUUUCCAUUUUAGGAGGAACCAUCACUCUCACUCACAAUUUUCUGGUAGUGAAACUUGAGACACAGAAACCAAGGGGAGUGACGAGCUAGAAGGCUAGUCAUUGUAUUUUGGUCUUUAGAUCGUUUUGGAGUUAGGUCAUUAGUCACUCAUACUUUGACAUAGAUGUUGGAUGAUAGACCGACCAUUCUUUUGUAUACCAAGUUCCUUUGGUUAUUGGAUAUAGCCAUUUUCUAUAUUGAUUAAGUUAUGUAAUUUUGUACACUUUGGCCUAGCCAAACCUUGGUUAUUGAAGACUUAGUUUUUACUUGAGACUUUGGAUCUAAGUUAUGUGAAUUGCUAGAUAUGAUUUAGGUAGGCUUGAGCCUUCUACAUUUGUGGGAGCUCCUCACAAGUGUACGGCGUUUAUUUCGUUCUCGGUUUUGGGGCAUGACACUAUUUUUUUUAUACUAUGAGAAAGUUAGCAUUGAAAGUCAUAUUGGUAAAGAUAGGUGGGAAAAAUUUUUUUUUUCUUACCAAGGACAUUAGCAUUGUAACCCUUGUUGGUGAAGGUGGGUUGUUCUUUCACUAGACAAUCUUUCCAUGGUAAAUCACAUCGAUGAUUGUGGGCAGGAAAUAUAAAUUCAUAAAUUAGCAUUACGACCUGCUAGAGAAUCUGCCUAAGUCGUGGAAUGAAGUAAAUGACAGGUCGACAAGCUUUAUAUUGUCCAAAGACUUUCAAUCCUCUAAGCGACGAGUUGACGACAGACAAGGGGCAAGGAUAUCAGCUCGGCAACAAUCAAAAUCCUUAUCAAGGGAGUCAAUACUCAUCCGAACCUAGUAGAGCUUACACAGGACGCCCAUUCAAUAGACAAGGACAGGGACAGAAAACAUCCACACAGAAUCAAAACAACCAUAGAGGGGUUGGUUACAACGGGAUACCCCCACCUUCAGGCACAAUCAACAUGAUUUCUAGUGGCAUGCAUUUAGGUGGUCAAAGUGCCCGAGGUCAUAAAGCUUAUGCUGGCCAACUGAUGACAGUAAACAAGAAUAGGCCUCUGAAACGACCCUUUGAAGAAGCAGAGUGGGAAAAUGCACUAAUUACGUUCAGCCCGACUGAUUACAAGCAAUCAGAGGGGAAGCUAGAUGUUAUGAUGCCCCAUGCUGACCCUUCUGUGGCAACAGUUCAUAUUGGCAAUCAUAAUGUUAACAAGUAUGAAGGGCCAAUCUACGGGUUUGACAAUCAGCCUGUCCUUGUUGAGGGAGUAAUUACCCUUCCUAUCUACGUGGGCGUUGAACCACGGUUUAGGAUGGCGUCAAUAGACUUUUUAAUGGUCAAGAUGGAGUCAGCUUUCAAUGCCAUAAUUAGAAGAGCUACACUUUGCGAAUUGAAAGCUGUCAUCUCUCAACCACACCUUUGUAUGAAGUUCCCAACUCCUCACCGUGUAGGAGUGCUCAAAGGGAACCAAAAAAUGGCUAGAACUGGCUACCAAGAUACAUUUAAGAAGGUUGAGCUCGCAGCAGCACCUAAGACUUCUGGUGCAGACGUUUCUAGACCGAGCCAACCAAGUCAACAGACAAUGACCAUAUCUGACAUAGAUCAUCGACCCGAGAACGUGGAGCAGAAAGCCGAGCCAGUAGAAUCGGUCGAGACAGUCCCUUUAAACCUAGAUGAACCAGAGAAAACAGUGAAAAUAGGAACCAAGCUCACACUAGGAGAAAGAACCGAGCUCCUGGAAUUUUUGAAGGCUAACAAGGAUGUAUUUGCAUGGACAACAGAUGAAAUGCCUAGCAUCCCAACGGAAUUUGCAGUCCACAAGCUCAGUACAUAUCCCACUAGAAAGCCAGUGGUUCAAAAGUGCCACCUUGUUGGCCUUGAGAAGCAGGCUGCUAUAGAUGAAGAAAUACAGAAACUAUUGCAGGUAGGCUUCAUUAGGAGAGUCGAAUAUUUUGAGUGGGUAUCCAACCUUGUGCUCGUGAAAAAACCUAACGGCAAGUGGAGAAUGUGCAUUGACUUCACCAAUUUGAAUGAAGCGUGUCCCAAAGAUCCACACCCCUUGCCUAAUGUGGAGAAAUUAGUAGAACGAGCAACGAGACAUGAACGCAUGAGCUUCCUUGAUGCUAGCUCAAGAUAUCAUUAGGUUCAAUUAUUGUUAGACGACUAGGAAAAAACGGCAUUUUAUGCAGGAGAUGCAAUUUGCUAUUAUGUCAUGAUGCCGUUCGGUUUGAAGAAUGCUGGUGCGACAUACCAAAAGUUGAUCCAGGUCAUCUUUAAGUUACAGAUCGGUAGGAAUAUUGAGGUAUAUGUGGAUGAUAUGAUUGUCACCAGUAAACAAGCUGAAGAUCA